UCUGGUUUUACACCUUUUUUCUUCUCCAUGAGGAAAGGGAGAGGCUCUUCCGUCGUUGGACCCGCCCUUCCAGUAACCGCCGGUGGAUCUGUGAAGGAGCCGAGGUAUAGAGGCGUUAGGAAGAGACCUUGGGGUCGAUUCGCGGCUGAGAUCCGUGAUCCAUUAAAGAAGUCUCGUGUUUGGCUCGGUACUUUCGAUUCCGCCAUAGAAGCUGCACGCGCUUACGAUACCGCCGCACGUAACCUCCGUGGUCCAAAGGCUAAGACCAAUUUCCCGAUCGAUUGCUCUCCUUCUUCUCCUCUCCAACCUCUCAACUACCUACAGAAUCAGAAUCAGAAUCAGAACCUCUGUUCUCCUGCGGCGAAUCAGAACCAGAUCGAUCCGUUUAUGGACCAUCGGUUAUACGGAGGAGGUAGUUUCCAGGAGCAGCAACAGAUUAUUAGUCGGCCGGCGAGUAGCAGCAUGAGCAGUACCAUCAAAUCGUGUAGCGGACCGAGACCGAUGGAAGCCGCGGCGGCGUCUUCGUCGGUGGCGAAACCGUUACAUGCGAUAAAGAGAUAUCCGAGGACUCCACCGGUGGCCCCGGAGGAUUGUCAUAGCGAUUGCGAUUCUUCGUCGUCGGUUAUUGACGACGGAGAUGAUAUAGCAUCUUCGUCUUCGCGCCGGAAACCGCCGUUUCAGUUUGAUCUUAAUUUCCCGCCGUUGGAUGGCGUUGACUUAUUCGCUGGCGGGACAGAUGAUCUCCACUGUACCGAUCUACGGUCUGUGAGAUGGAAGCUAAACAUCUUGUGGAAAAAAAUUGAAGAAAGAAAGACGGUGAAGCUCUUUUGCUAUCUAAAUGGGGAAAUGCAGCAAGGAGACAAGAAAGGGAAGCUUUCCCUUUCGUGUAUCGACGUUUGGAUGUUAAACAACAGAGAGAUUAAGGGCAUGGUCAAUGGGCGGUGAGUGAUUUGGGUGUGAUCGAUAAAUCUCAAUGAGCAAAGGCCAAAUCUUUAGGUUAAAGUUUGGUGGCUGAGAUGAUUGUUUUGAUCUUUAAGAGCUGUGGCUUGGGGUGGCAAAUUUCCUUGUGUGUUUGACCUUUUUGAUUUGAAUUUGCUGGUAGAGACUUGUCCCAAAUUUGGUAUCUACUUUGCUUCUCUGCCACGGAUUCAGACAGUGAAUCUUUGUGUCUGAAGCAAAACCGAGCUUUUUUUACCGUUUUGGGUAGGCUUCUUCUUAAGUUAAAGUGGAAGUCAAAAGAAAUGUCUUGUUUUUUU